GCCGAGUUUACCGGUAAAUUCGCCGGUGUAGAUCAGGGUCUGAUAGCUUGCCCACUUGGUCAUCAAGGGUCCUCAUUCAAAGUAAUUUGAAACAUUUGACAUGAGUAAAUCACAUGGAAAGUUGAACCAUACUCAGGCGGCAUUCAUCGAUCUGGAGCCAGAUUCCCUGACUAAGCAGAGCACGUGACCAAGACAGCGGAGAGGACGGUUUUGCCCGGCGCCGCGCUACGAAUUUCCCAUCCAUCGAACCACGACCCAGUCUCCACGGGACGUCGAGCAAAAAUGGCCAAGAAAGCAAAGUCACGCACCAUUACCGUCCGCCUGAUUUCCAUGGCGAUGACUGGUUUCUACCGUACCAUGAUCCGGCCUCGUGCGCACCGCCCGCUCUCCAUGCUCAAGUACGAUCCCGUCGUGAAGAAGAAGGUGCUUUUCCUUGAAGCGACCAAGGGUGGAAAGGCGAAAUAAAUGAUUUCGACGUUGCGAUUGCCGAUUUCGAUAUACCCCGAUUACCAAUUCGAGCAUCCGUCAUCGUGUCCUUUGUGUGGAAAGUCAGAUACUGCUAUCUCCGCCCCGCAGAGUCAUUUCCCUCUGCGCUUUUGAUCGGAAAUUACUUGUCUCGGUCUGGUGUCAAUCCCGAGAGGAUGCCCGAGAGGCUGUGUUGGUCGUGAUUAGGGGAUGUCUGGGCUGAGUGGCCCUAUUGUGUACAUUAUAUCCUGGGAAGUGUUGAUGAGAGAGCGACUCUCUCAUACCUGCUCCACUUUGUACUUCCUUUUGAUGGAGCAUUGUGUCUGGCG